UGUUUGAAGAGAUUCUGAAGAUUGCCUUCAACGCCAACCAGAUGUUUUGCUUUCACUAUCCACCAUUACUUCAUCCAGCGCCUCGUUUCGGUGCUGACUACUGUGCCACACCCCAUUCAUAUAGCAGUUAUGGGUUACACACAGAUCUCCAUGACGACAUGUUUGCCCGGAGAAAACAGCGCCGAAACAGAACUACCUUUACCUUACAGCAGCUGGAAGAGUUGGAAAAGGUAUUUGCACAGACUCACUAUCCGGAUGUUUUUACGCGAGAAGAAUUAGCGAUGCGUAUUAAUCUCACAGAAGCCAGAGUUCAGGUAUGGUUUCAAAACCGAAGAGCCAAAUGGAGAAAGAGUGAACGGUUUGCACAACAACAUCCACAGCAGGCGCAACAACAACAGUCCCAGCAGCAGUAUUCACAGAAAGCGCCAUCUGGCGAUGACAAGUCGGAGAGUGAUGUUCAGGUUGAUUCCGUGGACUGUUACGAUGGGGAUGAUCAAGAAGAGAAGGUGUUAGAUAUAACAACAGACAGCACCGAGGACAAAGGUACCAACCUCACAGCGACUGUGACAAGACGGUUGACGGAAGAGAGAGACAGUGACGAUAUGGCGGGAAAUCCCUCCAUACAGCCCCUGUCCCAGACAGACCUUAGCGCGAGGGACAAUGCGGCGGGGUCAGCAUCACCGGCUCUGUCAGAUUCCUCCUCAGACAGCUGUGAUAUAAAGCUAUCCACUCACGAAAUGACCGGUGACCGAUCAAGCGCUCAGGAAAUCUCCCCACGUCGGGAAUCUGCAUUGAGCCUAAAGGACAAACGCUCCCCGUCACCCCAUGAUAUGUCACCCGAGUCCCGACACCACAUGACCAACCCUCAGACCGAACUCACAAUCCCCAACGUUACCGCUGGUACAUCCGGGGUAGACAGCAAAGAUUCCCCAGGAUCCGGUACCAUGCGCCCCCUACAUCUGUUACUUCAAGGGGCGUCACCCGCACAACCCACGCCAUUGUUCCCACCAUUCCUCGACAGAACAUGCCAGCGUCCACCUCUAGACUCUCUCUUCUCGGGGCGCCCCUUAUGGUCAUACUUCCAGCAACCUGGUUUCAAAGGUUGCUUCCCCUUCUGUCCAUGCUGUCGACCCGGCAAUCAGCUCAGAUCUCUGUUCGCUCCUCACGACCAACGGUCAUUCAGUGUGGCGGAGUUAAGGAGAAGAGCUCGGGAGCACUCGGAAACACUCGGCGUGGACCUGCCCUCCAGCAUUAGUACCAAAUGA